AUGAACUCAAUCAGCUUUAUCGUUGCGCGCGAUGACGACAACUCGGGCCAAUUGGACACCCUUCAGACCACUCUUUUGAUAGCGCUCCUCACGCUAUUCGUUCUGGCCGUCGUGCUGGUCGGCUCACUAUUCUUCCUCCGAAGAGCCCGCCGUGCAAGGAAAGCCGCAGAGGCACAGCUUCCGUUGUAUGAGAAGAGGCAGUCAAAUCACCGCCGCCUUACAAUCCAGGCUACCCGCGAAUCGGUUGUCGUCUACCAAGAGAAGAGAGAUCUAUUGGCCAACUCCGACAGCCCGCCCGCGAGCCCUGUUCCUGAGAUUCGCAUCACAUUCCCCGACGAGGUCGACGCGGCUGGCAAACGGCAAUCGGGCCGUGUGGUUGUUGUACGGGUUGGAGAGCACAGCGUUGGUAUGGAGCCUCUUCAAGAGGACUUGCCGCCCUACGAGCGCGACGGCGGCCGCUUCGAUUCGCUUGACCUUGACCGCAUCGGCGGAUUGAAGGAGAAGGACGACAAGUACUACUCGUAA